AUGGAAAACUCACUAACAAACCUACCACCAACAACACCCCCGCGCUAUGGUGCGUACUCCUCUUCUUUGAACUCAAGCAGGGAGAACAGGACCAAGGAGAACAAUCGAAAUGGACAGGAUAUGGAUAAGGACACCAAGAAGGGCCGCAAGAUGUCCGUCCUCGCCCUCCUAGGAAAGCUAUCCAAAUCCAGAGAUACGAACCGUUCACAAUCUCCCUUCUCGCCCCCUCCCUAUUCUUCCUCCUCCACUCCCCCAUGGCACGAUUCAACCACCGCCCCGCGACUCUCGAAUCAACUCUCCCCACCGACAUCGACAUCGCUAGUCUCAAUACAUCUGAAGCCAGCAGAAUCGAGUACCCCGGUCACCCAAUUCAACAUCGCCACCCUACAAGCAGAACUGGACGGGCGCCUGGGACCCAUGGGAGGCCGAGGUUGUGUUGGUGUGCGCGAUGUCUCCAAACCGAACCCGCUAGGCCCCGAUGGCGGUGAUGAUUAUGAUGAACUGUUGGAGUUGGGGCGGAGUGUGAGGGGAACGAGUCGGUUGGAGGAGGAGCAGGAGCGGUCGAGGAAGAAGCUGGUUUCUGGGGUAGAGAGGUGGUUGGAUGGGGUGGAGGAUGGGGUGCCAGCGGAGGGUUGA